UGGCUGCGGGCGGGGUGUGCUUUUGAGCCGGAGCCGCCGUCUGGCGUACUGACCGCUCUCCGCUGAUUUCCCGGAAAGCGUUGGGCUGCGCGGUGUGGGCAUGGGCACCCUGGCGACUUAGUAUCAUCCGGCAGCAGGGGUUCCAGCCGGUUGCAGGACGGUACAGAAGCCAGAAGCAGCGGCAGCACGGCCCGGAACCAUGAGCGUGGAACCCAUCUGCAGCACGCUGCCCGCCGUUCCCUCCCAAAAGCUCGCGGACUUGCGCUUCCUCAGCCGCGGCGCGUCCGGCACCGUGUCGUCCGCGCGCCACGCGGACUGGCGUGUGCAGGUGGCCGUGAAGCACCUGCACAUCCACACCCCUCUGCUAGACAGUGAAAGAAAUGAUGUCUUAAGAGAAGCUGAAAUUUUACACAAAGCUAGAUUUAGUUACAUUCUUCCUAUUUUGGGAAUUUGCAAUGAGCCUGAAUUUUUGGGAAUAGUUACUGAAUACAUGCGAAAUGGAUCAUUACAUGAACUCCUACAUAGGAAAACAGAAUAUCCUGAUGUUGCUUGGCCAUUAAGAUUCCGCAUCCUGCAUGAAAUUGCACUGGGCAUAAACUACCUGCACAAUAUGAAUCCUCCUCUACUUCAUCAUGACUUAAAGACUCAAAAUAUCUUAUUGGAUGAUGAGUUUCAUGUUAAGAUUGCAGACUUUGGUUUGUCAAAAUGGCGCCUGAUGUCCUUGUCACAAUCACGAAAUAGCAAAUCUACACCAGAAGGAGGGACCAUUAUCUAUAUGCCACCUGAAAACUAUGAACCUGGACAAAAAUCAAGGGCCAGUGUCAAGCAUGACAUAUAUAGCUAUGCAGUUAUCACAUGGGAAGUCUUAUCUAGAAAACAGCCUUUUGAGGAAGUCACCAAUCCUUUGCAGAUUAUGUAUAGUGUGUCACAAGGAUAUCGACCUGACACUAGCGAAGAAAGUCUGCCAUUUGAUAUACCUCAUCGGGCACUGAUGAUUUCACUCAUAGAAAGUGGAUGGGCACAAAACCCAGAUGAAAGGCCAUCCUUCCUAAAAUGUUUAAUAGAACUCGAACCAGUUCUCAGAACAUUUGAAGAGAUAAGUUUUCUUGAAGCUGUUAUACAACUAAAGAAAACAAAGUUGCAGAGUGCUUCAAGUACUGUUCACUUAUAUGAGAAGAAAACAGAGUCAUCGCUGAACGUAUCUCUAAAUCAUAGUCCACAAGAGGAAUCAUGUGGAUCCUCUCAGCUUCAUAAACAUAGUGCUUCUCCCGAAACCUCAAGGUCCCUGUCAGCUCCUCAAGACAAUGAUUUUUUAUAUAGAAAAACCCAGGACUUCUCUACCCUGCUUCACCCCCAAGUAAAUCACAGCUGGGACAACAUGUGUGUAGCUCAGAGGGCCACAUUCUGUGACCACAAGACUGCCCUGUGCUCUUUAGCAAUAAAUCCACUCUCAGCCAAGGGAAAUUCAGAAUGUUCACAGCCUGGAGUGGCCCAGCAGUGGAUCCAGAGUAAAAGGGAGGAUGUUGUGAGCCAGAUGACCGAAGCCUGCCUUAACCAGUCACUGGACGCCCUUCUGUCCAGGGAUCUGAUCAUGAAGGAGGACUAUGAACUCAUUAGCACCAAACCCACAAGGACUGCAAAAGUCAGACAGUUACUGGACACCACUGACAUCCAAGGAGAGGAAUUUGCCAAAGUUAUAGUACAAAAGCUGAAGGACAACAAGCAGAUGGGUCUUCAGCCAUACCCGGAAAUACUGCCAGCUUCUCAAUCAUCAUCUUUAAAUUUAUUUCAAAAUAAAAGCUUAUAGGUGACUCUUUUUCAAGAAGAAAAGUCGGUUUAUUAAAAGGUAUUUUGUAUUUAUUUAUGUUGCCCUGAUCAGACUGUUGUUUUGAAACCCAUGUGAGUAUUGGUAGCUUUAAUGAAGUUUUUCCUUCAGCUAAAAUAUUAGUUUCCUACAUGACAGCAUGGUAUUUUUUAAAUUAAUAUAGUAGAAAAUUUGCAUUUUGCUACAUAGUUCAACUUUCAUCUCUGGUUAAUUGAAGCUAUUUUUAAGUGUAAUAAUUAUAUGUACCUAAUGAUAUCUGUAGUUAUCAGGCAUUUCUCAUGGAAGCCAUCUUUACAUUCACUUUGUGGAUUACUUAUUACUCAUCUGAGAUACAGUUUGGCUUUUCUGUUGUGCCCUUUAUGCUUACAUCAGAGAGAGCACAGCUCUGCCAUACAAGUUCAUAUCCUCUCCCAAGGGGUGUGUAUUAAACUCCCCAGAUUACAUUUUAAGUGUUAUUUAUUGAAUAAUUCCUUUAAAAAUUGUUUCAGAGGUAAAACAAUUCCAAGUAAAUUUCCAAAGAAAAAUAUUCAUCUUUCCACAUGUGUUUCUGCCUCCAUUUCUGAUCUCAACCAAUCACAGAGUGAACAGCAUGAUAUAUGUUUCCUUCUGUCCCCUUCUCCUGCUCAUUUGGAAAAGGGCCUUUCCUCAUACUAUCAUUAUAGCUUUAUCCUGCAGCCCACUUUCUGUGCUAAGUAACAUCAUGUCUGUACCACACAGAGCUCUCGUGGAUUCUUUUUAACUGCAUAAUAUCAAAGCAGCUUUUUUUUUCUUUAAGAUAUAAUGUGAGUUCUUUCUUGGUUGCGUUAUGUCAAAGUAAAAAUAUAUAAGGAAUAACAGCCCUUUUCUGAAAAUCUUUAUAUUAGCAAUGUCAGCAAAAAGUAUGAUACAGGACAAAUUUGAAUGUACAAACUUUCAAUAAGCACUACACUCACAGUAUGAAAAAAUGAGUAAGAGUAGAAAUUACUUGAUGGCAUUGAGGCAAUUAAACAUUAUAUUCAGAAUAUAAAAUAUGUAUUUUAAUCUCCAUUUUGGAGGUUGACAUUAAUCUGUAGUGCCACAUUCCUAUGGCUCUGAGAAAUGUGGAAAUUAAUAUGGAAAAUGGAAACUAAUUAAGUAUUAUGUUAUUAUAACUUAUUUUUUAAAGUGUUAGGAUAAAGAUUUAAUUUGAGAAGUUUCCCCUUUCUCUUUACAUAUUCUAAAAUUUUAUUUAUUUUAAAUCUUGACAGUUUCCAAUAGGACUUGAUAUUGGUUUGAUGAUGUGGUAAUCUGAUUGGUAAAGUAACCAUUGCAUGUUGUUUUCUAUUCUGCCUAGAUCUAAAAACUCAGCCUUCCAACUAGUCUAUAUGUGUAUGAUACAUGCAUACCAGCUACUUUUCCCCAUAAUUUAAUAUGGGGAGACAGAAUAGUCAUCCAUGAAUAGCAACUUAUGGUGAAAUACUAGAGAUCCAGGUGGAUCUACAAGCAGCCCUCAUCCCUAGUAGAAGUGUUUCCAUCCCAGCAGCCCGUUUUCAUUGCAGCCCAUGUUCAAUAACAGUGAUGUAUAGGGAAAGUGUGGCAGGGUAUGCUGAGUAUAACUGGCCAGAAAACAAGCGGGCCUGGUACAGAGGUGGUAGUUCAGUGAGCCACAUUGGGUGGCACACAGAGGACACAGUAAUAAAUGACAUUUGGGUUCUGUAGUAAGGAAGUUCGGUUCUUGCUCGAGCCUUCUUACAACUGCUGUCACAUUUUAGGCUCCCUUGUUAACAAAAAGAAUAGACUUCAGGCUCAGUACCUUAGAAGUAAUACUUUACAAGAAUUUUUCAUUGUUUUAAAUUGUAUUUUGUCUGAAAAUGACCUUCUACAUGUAACAAUUAGUACUAGUUUUCUAUUUAUAAUAAAGUUUUAUUUUACAGUA